AUGAACGCUUUACAAUUGGUAACCGUGUGGGGUAUCAUAGCCGCCGCAUAUUGUCUGCCAAUGCCGCAAACGCAGACAUUAGUUCCCGGUGUAUUUAUACCAGCGGAUGCCUUCAAAAACCUUCAAGAUCGAGCCAAUGCUAAUGACAGGAAUUCCCCUCAACCGACAUAUAAUCCAGGAUAUCCACCGAAUACAAAUUCUCCAAAUAUUCAACUGAGCGGAAAUCAAGGAAAUCAACUAAAUGCAAGUCCCUCUAAUAUUCAACCAAACGGGAAUCAGGUAUAUCAACCAAACACAAAUGUACAAAACUCUCUACCACUGGCGAACCAAGGAUAUCAAUCUAAUGCAAACGUUCAAAGUUCUCAGCCGAUGACAAAUCAAGGAUUUCCAACCAAUGCAAAUCUGCCUAACUCUCAACCAAGCGUAAGUCAAGGCCAACCUAAUGCAAAUCUACCAAACCCUCAACCUAUGCCUAAUCAAGUUUAUCCACAGAACUCAAACAUUCAAAACCUUCCAUCAAAUGGCAAUCAAGGAUCUAAACCUAACGAAAAUGUACAAAACCCUCAACUAAUAUCCAAUCAAGGCUAUCAACCAAACACAAAUUUUCAAAACGCUCAACCACUUACUAAUUUAGGAUUUCAACUGGCAACGAACAUACAAACCCAGCAGCCAAGCAAUCAACCCUUAAUAACAUUUCGAACAGCACCAGAAGUAAAUCAACUGGGUUCAAGCAAUCAACCACAGCAGCCUUUCAUAGCUGAUCGCAUAUCUGGACCAAAUUCCAAUCAAGUAACUGUCCUACCGUUAAAUCAACCGACUGUGCUUCCGAUGAAUCAACCAAAUGUAUUUCCGCAAAAUCAAAUAACGACAGCACAACCUGGUCAAGCAAUUAUAUAUGUUCAACAACAACAGCCAAAUCAGCAAACAAUUUUCGUACCGCAAUCAAACCAGCAAGCACAGCAACCUUUAGUGUUUAAUCAACCGCCUAACCAAGGAUUUGGAAUUCAGAAUGGACAGCUUAGUCAACCGACUAAAGUUGUAUUUGCUAACCCAACUUUCGGCAACCAGGUCCAGAACCAAAAUUCUAACUCUGUGUACACGUUAAUUCCAUUGAAUGGACAGAAUUCUAAUUCUAAUACCGGUUCCUUUUUGUUCCCAAUACAAUCUGGAGGAUCUUCCCCUAUCCUGAUCAGAUCUGGAUAUUAA